AUAUCUGGUGAGGGGCUUACUACAAGUGCUUUCCAACCACUUUGUGGGGGACUUCUUCAGGCACAGGGCCAAUAUCCAGGAGAAAUGAGAUAUAGCUUCUCCUGCAAGAAUAAGUGGGGUACUCGUAUCACACCAAUGGUGCAAUGGCCAGACAAAUCAUUUACACUGGGUCUUUCACAAGCCUUGGCUUGGAAGCAAACGGGACUCAUGAUGAGUCCAUCCAUUCAAUUUAGUUUGUUCCCAACAUUUGGUGGAAGUAAUCCGGGGUUGCAAACCGAAGUUGUUCACACGAUGAAGGAGGAUCUCAAUCUGAUUUGUGGUUGUGCUCUGGCAGCACAUCCUUCUGCAUUUGCAUCAAUAUCAUUUGGACACUCUAAGUGGAACGGAAAUGUCGGAAAGUCAGGGAUAGUAGUAAGAGUCGACACACCUCUAUCCAAUGUCGGCAGCCCAUCUUUUUCUGUUCAGAUAAACAACGUCAUCGAGUUCUGAUCGUUUGACAUCCAAAGCCUUCUGUUGAAGUGUAUAUAGAGACUCGUCGCACAUAAAUUAAAUGAUACCACAUGUGAAUAUCAGAAUGCUACCUGUGUUAACUAUAUUAAUCUCUGAUCCAACUUUGGAGAUUCAUCUGAUGGUUUUUACGAGAUGAUCAGGUCAAAAAUAUGGUU